CCGUAGAUUAUUCCAUUUUUGGACAUAUUGCCUAGGAAAAGCAAUCGUCCCUCAGCCGUAGAUCAUGGGUAGGAUUGUCCUGUAUUUGACGAAUAGAUCUCAUUUUUGCGUGCUUCUGUCCUUUAAUAGAUGCACAGAUGACGUCACAGCGUGUCAUGGACAAAAAAGUACGCAACGAGACGCAGUCGAUCUUGUUUUCUUACGUUACAAUCUAGUUUUAAUGAACACGAGCGCAUGCUGAAGCCUUGACCGGGCGAGUGUCGUUUUAUGAAGCUAUAUAAAGGUUUGCUUAUCAAGAUCUGCCUCGUACCCAGGCGCUUACUAGCCAUGCUCCAUCAGCACUAACCUUCCCAUGGUUCAUUGUGCUCACUUGUCUCGCAUAAUUGCUUUCCGCGGCAGUGAUAUUUUGUUUUAGUGACUUGAAACGCCUUGGUACGAGGCAGCACAUAUAUCUUGUUUAAGUUAAAGGGUGCGCAGAACGCAUAAAAUAAAGUAAUGGAAUAAAGAGGUCCGCUUUCCCGUCCAAGAAUGCAAUGCUUAUGGUUCGUUGCUUUUACUAGAACCCAAAAUGGGGAAAGUUUGCAUAUGCCGCCUAAGAUAAAAACAUUAUAUUUAGUGGCAUAUGUCACAACGGAAACUUCUCGCUUCAUUUGUUCCUUGCUGAGAAGCAUCCAGAGGCACUCAACCGCCAACAUUCUAUUCAUAACUGAUAGUUUCUCAUUACUUCUGUCAGGCUAAACGAAAUACAAAAAUGUCGCAGACUGCUUUAGACAAGUUUGAAACUUUAAAGGCAAGAGAGAAAAGUCUUGCUAAUAUAAUCAAUGACUUGAAAUCUACGCUGAACCAAUUGGGUAAAAAUGCGGAAAAUGCCAAGAAAGAAGUAGCCAAAGAAGCAGACAAAUUGAUCUCGUGUAUAAAUGCAAGCAAGAAGGAGCUUCAAUCACGCAUAACAACGUUGAAAGACGAAUUGGCAAAAGAUAUGAAUAAGGAGAAGGCAGAGUUCGAGAAACGUUUAAAGGAGACGAAAAAAGUUCGAGAAGAUGCUGCAAAAUAUAUGAACAGUCCUGACUCAAAGUUACACGAAGAAAUUGUUCGUAAAAUAUGCGAUGAUUUUAUUAAUAACGCAGCCAAAAACUGCCCAUCUAAAUACGACCCAAGCAUACGAUUCAUUGAAAGCACAGAAGCCGCAAAACUCAAAGAGGGGAAAAUAGGAGUGGUACAGAUUAUCAAACCGACAGACCCCUGGAAAUGCAGCCUUGUGUUGAAUAAAGAGUACAAAACCGAGGCAGGCGCCAUAGCCAAGCUGAAUUUGUUUACAUAUACAGCUGCGGGUGAACCAAGCAUUGCCCCUGGAAGCGUAAUUGACACGCUUGUCACGCCUUCCACGAGAGUGACUGAUGUUCGAGUAAAAGAGGGGCCGGCGGAGGGUCUGAGCGAGGUUGAGUUCCUCCCCUUAAUAUCAGGUGAAUUUAACGUUGACGUUCUUGUCCACGGUCUCCAUGUCAGUGGUAGCCCCAUGAAAGUCAAGGUUCUUCCGCGAGAAAUGCGUGUCGUCUCUGAGUUUAUCAUGAAAUGGGGAAACACCCCCCCGCUCAGAUCACUCAGUGGUAUUGCUGUCAACAAGAAAUUUACCUUAGUCGCCAUUACGGACGAUAAACAGCACUGUGUCGCAGUGUUCGAUAGGAAUGGAGCCCUCCUUAACAUCAUCGGCCAUGAGGGCGGAAAGAGAGGAUGCUUCAAUGAUCCUGAUGGGAUCGCCUUCUUGGACGAGUUCAUCAUUGUCGUGGCGGAUAAAAAUAACCAUCGCAUGCAGGUGUUUGACACCAGGACCGGGAAAGUAUUGAACCAGUUUGGCAAGAGGGGGAAGAAGAAGGGCGCAUUCAUGAGUCCUUUGGGGGUACACGUUGACGACAAGGGCCAGAUCGUAGUGAGCGAUACAUACAAUGGCAGAAUACAAGUGUUUAAUUCAAAAGCCGAGUUAGUAGAAGUGAUCGACUUGGCCCAGGUCGUCCCUGACUGUCUUCCGUCACGCACCGUCACGCACAGUGACUUAGUCGUAGUCGCCGACUCGAGAAUGCCUGGCGUGACCCUCUUUAACAAGAAGGAUCAGGCAAAGCUUGAGAUUGGUCGAUCGCGGAGUGGCCCGGAUGAUGCAACUGUGAAUAGCAUUGCGAUCGAUGGGAAUAAAAAUCUUGUCGUUUGUUCUAAUAGCUUAAGCUGUGUGCAAAUGUAUACGUUAGAGGGCUUUAUCGUCGCCAGGUUUAAUGAUAAGCGAUUCAAGGCUCAAGACGUGGCCGCAUUACCGGAUGGACAGAUAAUGGUCAUAGAAAGACGGUCCGCGAGGAUAUUCGUUAUCGAAUGAAUUCUUUCAGUCAGUGACUUCUCCACUUCUGCAGUCUUAUUUCUAAUUUCUAUCUAAAAGCGAAAAGAACUCUAUGGGCAUAGGUCUCCCCCAUUCCCAUUUUUCCUGGGGGGAAGGGAUGUAGCGCAAGCAACAUUAAGCAGUUUGAUUAUGCACGUGCCCCCCCCCCCCCCCCAUAUUACCAGUAGGGGCGCGGCUGUGCCCGCCAUUGUUUUUUUAAUGUUUCUUCCCCCCCCCCCCCCCCAUCAAUAAUUCAAGGCUUGCUACGGCUAUGGACCAAUUUGGUAUUUGUUUGCCGGAAUAUCGUAUAUAUAUAAGCAACUUUUUAUUGUAUAGACUUAUUCUUUUAAAGCUGUCAUUUUUCUGAGUGUUGACAAAGAGGUGUGGCGUAGGAUAGGAACGGUAGUCUUAUCUAAUAUUCCAAAAGCAACCCACAAUACAGACUGAUAUAACAACAACAAAAACAACAACAACAACAACAACGACAACGACAACGACAACGACAACAACAAUAAUAAUAAUAAUAAUAAUAAUAAUAAUAAUAAUAGCGAAAAACAUGCAAUCGCUUUUCAAAAACAGAAUCAACUAUUACAGAAUAAUUGCAAAUAAGUAGCUUUCAGAUUAAAUGAAAGGGAACAAGAACAGAAGAAGAUUUUAAUAAGGAGUUAACUAUAAAGGGUCAAAUAAAAUGAGUUACACAGCUUAAAUUUCGAUAAAUCAUUUUUUCUUAGCAUUUCUAGGUGUUUUACUUGUAUUCACAGUUUUGGUUACUCGCGGAAACGAUAGAAUCGGAAAGUAAAGAACAGGCCCGUAGCCAGGAUUUUGAGCGGUGUGGUUCGUUUUUCCAUUUCAGAGGACCAAAUUUCCGGUAAACCCCUCUCCUCGCCUUAUUCAAUUAGGUAAUCAAUCUUGUUUUUAAAAUUUUAUUAAUAGGGAGCUUUUUAACAUAUAGCGAUAAUUAUAAAGAUAAUUAUUAUAAAAAGGUUUUUAUAGUCAUUUUAAAGACAUAUUGAUAUGCACGGUAUAUCUUCAGCCAAACGUUAAAUAGCUUUGUUUGUUAUAAGCAGAAACAAGGAUUUAUAUGUCAAACAAAUACCGUUGACCGUU